AUGGCUAAUUUAGAGCUAGACCCAAACUGCGAUGAGGACUGCCAAUGGCUGGAACACAUGGAAGCCCAGUUUAAGAAAAUAGCAGGAGAAGACAAUAAGAUAGAUUUAAAGGAAUUUAAAGGGGCGUUGAAGAUCAAAGAGUCAUUCUUUGCAACUCGAUUUUUUGAACUAUUUGAUAACGACAAGAGUGGGGCGAUUGAUUUGGAAGAACUUAUGCGAGGUCUAAGAUUAGUCAUCAAGGGAGACUAUAUCAGUAAACUGAAAUUUCUCUUCGACGUUUAUGAUGCUGAUGGAAAUGGUUCGAUUGAUGAAGCUGAGUUAAGAACAGUGAUUCAGUCCUGUGUCGACGAGAGUUCACUUAGUGUCAGCGAGGCAGACAUGAAUAAACUCAUUUCGGUCAUGUUCCAAUCGACCGAUGAGGAUAAGAGUGGUCUCAUUAGUUUUGACGAACUUAAGACUGAGCUGGACAAACAUCCCGGUGUUAUGGAAAAUUUAACAAUAAGUGCUGCUCAUUGGUUGAGGCCUCCAAAACCGAAAAAGAACACAAGAGCGUGCCGAUAUUUUACGCUGAAAUACUGGAGAAAUAAUCGAAAGGAAGGGGUUUUAUUUCUUCUGUAUUUCUUCAUCAAUAUAUGUUUAUUUGCUCUCAACUGUUUUCUAUAUCGUAAAUCAAAUGUGUACAUCAUCAUUGCUCGAGGCUGCGGCAUGUGUUUGAAUUUCAACUGUGCUUUUAUAUUAAUGACUAUGCUACGAAAGACCAUCACAUAUAUAAGAACGUUUAAAAACUUACAUUUUCUUCCCCUUGAUCAACAUAUAGAGAUGCACAAAUUAACUGGUAUUAUGAUUGCGGUGUUUACUGUUAUUCAUACCUUGGCUCACAUUGGCAACGCAGUUGUGGUAGCUGAAGAUUUUGGAGUGACAGUCUGGGAGUUCAUAUUUACUACAAAAGCAAACAUUGGCUGGGUUCUAGGGUUCGCACCCCUGUCCGGUGUUAUAUUAGAUGUUAUAUUAAUUGUGAUGAUAAUCUGCUCCAUGCCAUUUAUUAGACGGUCUGGGCAUUUUCAAGUAUUCUACUGGACUCACAUUCUGUACGUACCAUUCUGGAUCCUGUGCAUUCUCCACGCUACAAAUUUCUGGUACUGGUUCAUAAUUCCCGGAAUUAUAUUUAUAAUUGAGUCUUUGAAUCGAUCCAAAUACAUCAAAAAGGCGGCCUAUGGUGCGACGUAUAUAACCAAUGUGUAUCUUCUACCAUAUAGGGUCAUCCAUUUAGUGAUAUCUCGACCUCCAAAAUGGAGAUACCGACCUGGAGAUUAUGUGUUUAUUCAGAUACCGGCUAUAGCCAAAUAUGAAUGGCAUCCUUUUACUAUCAGCAGCGCACCUGAACAGGAAGGGACAUUUUGGCUACAUAUACGAUCAGCAGGCCACUGGACAAAUAAACUGUAUGAUUAUUUCGACAGUUAUGACCCGAAUACUUAUCAGUAUGGUACAUUUAACAAAGGUUUUGGUUUAGAUGUCAUGGAAGCUGGCGGCACAAUUGAAGAAGGGACGUACAGAAGAUUAUCAUCUACAGGGAAUACAGACCAACUCAAAACAACGAAACCGAUGAGUAAAAUAGUGCGUGUCAAGAUAUAUAUUGAUGGUCCAUUUGGUACUUCUGCAAGAGAGAUAUUUGAUACAGAGCAUGCAGUUUUGGUAGGGUCUGGAAUUGGUGUGACACCGUUUGCUUCUAUAUUACAAAGUAUCUUACACCGCUUUCAAUCAGCUACCAGAACCUGUCCGAAAUGUCAACAUUCGUUUUAUGAUCAGAGAGGUCCUGGCAUGAAAAUAAAAAGGGUUGAUUUUAUUUGGAUCAAUCGAGAUCAGAAGAAUUUUGAGUGGUUCGUGCGAAUGUUAACAGAUAUCGAAGUAGAGCAAGCUAAUUAUGACAAAUUUGGACGAAUCAUUCAUAUGCAUAUGUACAUGACAAGUGCCCUAUCGAAAACAGAUAUGAAAGGGCUUGGAUUGCAGAUGGCCUUGGAGCUGUUACAUACGAAGGAACAUCGAGAUGUUUUGACCGGGUUACGCACUAGAACGCACGCCGGAAGACCAAAUUUUGAUGAGUUAUUCGGUGAAAUAAAGCAAAAUAAAGCAGGGAAGGUGAAAGUAUUUCUAUGUGGUCCACAAGCCUUAGCUAAAGAUCUGAAAGAAAAAAGUGACAAAUUUGGUUUUGACUUCACCAAAGAAAACUUUUAG